AUGGGUAUCAACAAGAAUGGAAAAACCGACAUUGACACUAAACUCAAUUUUUCUGGGUUAACGUUGACAACUGGAUCCGAUACUCUGGAGUCAAACGAAGAACCUAAUUUUAUUGAUAUUCUUUACAAUAGUAAAUUAUCUGAUUUUCUGAGUUUCCAAUACAAUGCUUAUUAUCCAUCACAACAACAACAACAACCAGACAUUAAUACUUCUUUGGAGAUAACUCCCCCUAAUUUUCUUCCUAGUGUGGCUGAAGCCAUUGUUCAUCUUAAAUUAUUGAAAGCUUUUUCUGUUUUGAAAACUAAAAUCAUUGGUAAUAAUAAUUUAAUUCCUAAUGAAUAUGAUAUUAAAAAAUGGCAAAUUUAUAUAACUGAUGCAUCUAGAAGAUUUAUAAUAUUUAUAUCUUCAAUAAGAUCAAAAUUUGGUAUUAUUAAAAGUGAUGAUGAAAAAGAAAUUUAUAAUGAUGGGAAUACCAAAAAUGAAAAGUUCAUUUCAAUUAUGAAAGAAUUAAUGCCACCAUUGGAUGUAAUAAUGGUAUGGCAUGCAUUUUUAUUAAACCCUAAAUCAAUGUAUGAUGUAUGUAUUAGAAAUAAAAUUUAUCAAUUUGCCAAUUAUCCUUUACCAUUAUAUAUUAUUGAUCAAUUUAUUGAUGAUUAUACUUUUGAAUUUCAUAUUCCUCAAUCAUAUAAAGAGAAUUAUUUAAAUUUAUUAAGAUCAUUUACAAAUAAUCCCAUUGAUUUAUUAUAUGAUAAUAGUAAAAUCUCCAUGAAUGAACAUUUGAUAACACUUUAUUGUCCUAAAUGUCAUGAACCAAUGACUAAACCAAUACCAAUUACCAAUGAUGAAAAUACUGGAUUUUCCGAUACAAAUUUUCUGACAAUUAAUAUAGGUCAUAAAAAACUGAAAUGUUAUCAUGGUACACCUUUUAAUUUUAAUCAUGAUGAAUUAAGAAAAUUACAAUUAUAUUGUGAUAUGACUAAUCUGAAAUCAUUACAAGGAACUCAUAAAUAUUUUUCCAAAGUUAUAUGUCCACCAAAAUUUACUAAAAGAAAUCCAUUUCUUAUUAGUGAUGAUGUUUGUAAAACAUUAAAUAAACAUUGGGAUGUCAAUAAAUCAUUGGAUGAAAUUUUGAAAUCUUUAAAUGCAAAGCAUAGACGUGAAUUAGUAAGACAAAGAGUAUUGUUGAGAAAUUAUUUACAAUUUAAUUUGAUUAGUUUAACAGUACGUGGAGAAAGAGAAAGAGAAAGAGGAGGAGGAAGUGUUGAAGUGGGAGAAGAUUUGGUGGGGUGUGUAUUACGUCAAGAACGAUUUGUUGAAAAAAUGAACAAAUUUGAUUGGUUACAUUCACCUUUAGUAUUUAAAAGUCUACAAGAAGCAGUAUUACGAUAUUCACGAUUUUUUGAAAUGUUAACUGAUGCAAAUUUACGACAAAUGUUGGUACCGACUUUAGAUAUUGAUUUGAUAUGGCAUACCCAUCAAUUGACCAUGUAUGGUUAUUUCCGAGAUUGUCGAGGAUCACCAAUACAUACGGUGAUUGAUCAUGAUGAUAAAGUAGAUGAAGGUAGAUUAGAUGAUGGAUUUGCAUUCACAGCGAAAAAAUAUAAACAAUUGUAUAAAGAAGAAUAUUCAGUUUGUUUUUGUUUAUAUUGUACUUCAAAACGGUCUGAUAGUCUUCGUAAAUUCAGUAAUUUUUUCAAAACGAAAAAGCAAACCAAAAAGCAAGAAUAUCUUCGACAAUCACAUCCAUUAUUUAGUAGAGGUGAAGGGUUUUCACAUAUUAGUGCCCAUAAUUCGGUAAGAUUACCAACAAAUUUAGCAAGUUCAAGAAGAGAAAAAAAUCCCGCUCCAUGGGCUGAUAAUACUUAUUUACUUUAUACUACCCCUUUACUUUUUGUUAUUCCUCCAAUUGCUCCCAUAAAUGAAGAUCAAUGUGAUUUUUAUGGUAAUGGAUUGUGUACAUCAGCAACAACCCUGUGUUCUAGUAUUGGUGGUACAUGUUGUACCAUAGCACCUUGUUCAGGUAACAGUGGUGCCGCAUGUUUUGGUACUGGACUCAACCCUGGUACUUAUGGCCAUGCCAGAAUUGGUGGUAGUGUUGCUGAAAUAGGUGGUGUAUGUGGUGCCGAUAAUAAUUCCACUACUGCAGGUUGUGCUGGUGCCAGUGGAUGUGGUGGAGGAGCAAGUGGAAACUGCAGUGGUGGUGGUGGUGGUGGAGUAAGUGGGUUUUGA